UUAAAGUUUAACGAUAUUUCCAAUAUGAACGAAUUUUGGCAGUUCAUGGAAGGACCCUUUCUUAGAGGAUUAUAUUGGGAGGAUUGGUACAAUGCUCAAAAUUUGACCAACCAACAGAAAGGAUUCGUCUACUAUGAGAAUAAAAUUUUAGGAUUACCUCAGUUACGUCAAUUAAGAGUCCGAAAUGAUUCCUGUCGAGUUCCAGACGAUUUUAUCAAUUCUAUCCAUAACUGUUUCGCUGAAUAUUCAGAGUCUAAUGAAGAUCACGAGCCGUUUGGUUUAAAACUCGGCUCUGCCUGGAAUUAUCAAUCAUCACAGCAGCUUGAUGGUAUGACAACUUGGGGUAAGUUAGGCUAUUUCUACAGCGGUGGAGGCUUCGUUCAGCUUCUAAAUCGGACCCGAGACCAGGGAAAACAAGCUAUUGAUAUGCUUAAGAACAAUCUAUGGACCGAUCGAGCUACAAGAGCUGUUUUCAUCGACUUUACGGUCUACAAUACGAAUGUUAACUUAUUCUGUAUCGUCAGGCUCAUGAUCGAAUUUCCCGCAACUGGAGGUUUAAUAGCUAGUAGUAACGUUAGAACGGUCAAGCUGCUGCGUUAUGUUACUCCUUAUGAUCAAUUUGUUAUGGUUUGUGAGGUCAUCUUCUGCGUUUUCAUUUUUUACUAUGUUAUCGAAGAAAUUAUCGAGAUAAAAGUGAUGAAAUGGAAAUAUCUUAAAAAUAUCUGGAAUUAUUUGGAUAUCGUCAUAAUUAUUCUGUCCGCAACUACCAUCGCAUUUAACGUAUACAGAACGUUAACAGUACAGAAUAACCUAGAGCAACUGCUACGCUAUCCAAAUCAAUAUCCCGCUAAGUUUGAGUUUCUAGCCCAUUGGCAAUCUCAAUUUAACUAUAUUAUUGCCGUAGUUGUAUUUUUCUCGUGGAUGAAGAUUUUCAAAUAUAUCAGUUUCAAUCGCACUAUGACACAAUUAACUUCUACCUUGGGUCGAUGCACCAAAGAUAUCUUGGGAUUUGCAAUCAUGUUCUUCAUUAUCUUCUUCGCAUAUGCACAGCUAGCCUACUUAGCUUUUGGAAAUCAAGUUCGUGAUUUUAGUACAUUCCAUGAUUGCAUAUACACCCUUUUUAGGAUCAUUUUGGGUGAUUUUAAUUUUAGUGAAAUUGAGCGAUCUAAUCGUGUACUGGGCCCCAUAUUCUUCAUCUCAUAUGUCUUUUUUGUCUUUUUCGUUUUGCUGAAUAUGUUUCUGGCCAUCAUUAACGAUACUUAUACAGAAGUAAAGACAGAAAUUAUGGAGAAAGAUGCUCGUUACGAAAUCGCAGAUUAUAUUAAAAAGGUAACGAGAAUAAUUUUAUAA